CAUCUGUGAAACCUAUUUUUUGGUGUUUUGCAAUUAGCUUAUUGAUUGCAAGGUCGGCCCUAGACCAUGCUAGGUGAAACAUUUGCAAUAGACUUCUAAAUUUUUUGAAAUAAAUUAUAUACAAAUAGAUCCCUAAGAAGAAUUUAUGCUCUUAAUUUUGUAAAAAAAAAAAUUUAUAUAGAAACAACCACAUGCCCCAAAAUUUCAGAGCCGUCCUGAUUAUAGCUUAUAUACAUGUUUUCUAUUUUCUGUUUAGUUAUGUGCAAACAUUUUAUCUUUAAUAAUGGUUCUUAUACAGUAAAGAAACAAAAACCCAAACUACAAAUAUCUAGAAAACCAAAGCUUGAAUUUGUCGAAAGUUUCUUUCUGAACUUCAAAUAUCUUAAACAAAGAAUGAAUUUGUCGAAAGUUUCUUUCUGAACUUCAAAUAUCUAGAAAACCAAAGCUUGAAACUUAAUCAAAUUAAAGAUAAUAAUGAUUAAUAUUGGUAAAACCGAAAUGAUUCCCUGAUGAUUGACACCUGGCAUGAAGUGAAACUAAAUCUUUUUAUCUUAAGAUGACGAUAAUUGGGGAUUUGGUCACUUGGAAGCAUUUUAAGAUUCGUUCUUAAUAGAAAAAGAGCAAAAUUCGCAGUUGAGUUUGAGAUUCGAGAUGUGAUUGGUUCGAAGCAGUCGAGCCCACGUGGUCCUUAUUGAUCUUUAUUACCAUGUUGCUAUUUGGGUCCCACUUAAAUCUUCUAAUUUCAUGGGUAUGAACUUGAUGAAUUUGAUUAGGGCUUGGAUUUGGUCUAGCUCGGUCUUAAAGAAGAUUUUCUAAAAUCAAACCAAGUUCAUUGUGGUUUAGACUCGAUUCGACAAAACCUCGUAUACUAUUUCGUUUUUAACCAAUAUGCUGUCGAUUCUCGGUUGAUGUUUAUAUAUUAAAGUUUUUUUUUGGGUGUAAUAUAUUACACAAAGCGAACUAUUCUUUCGCCUUUUACUAAAGUAUAUCAAGUUUUUUUUCCAAAGGUAAACCAAAGGAGUAUUAAAUAAGAUGCAUCCAAUCGAUUAGUUGGACAUGACUUACGAGUAACGAUGCUAAAUGUAUGCCUACAUCAUACCGAAUCAAAUAAACAAUUUGAAAACGGUCGUCGGAGUUUCUUACAAUUCUUAUAUUCUUUUUAUAUUUUUUGAGUUCAUAAACUCUUUUGUGAAAUUUUUAAUUAUGUACCCACUUUAUAGUUCUACAGUUACAACUACGACGGUAUAUUAAAAGUAAAUAUAACCAAACACUAAAAUGUUGGGUUAGAGAUCGAUGAAAGUCACUUUUCAUAACUAGUAAAGUAGUACUACUAUUUUAGACGGGAAAAUGCUUUAUGUGAUAGUAGAAAUUAAGCAUUAAGGCGUCGGAAUUAACAAAUGUUAGUUAUGUGAUAUUUACUAAAUAUCUUACCAUAUUUGGAAACUAACGACAGAACAAUUAAUAAAGUGAAUUGCCGCAACUCCAAGUUCCUGUCUGACACGUGUAUUUAAUAAAUUCUCUUAUACUAUUUUCAUUGAUAAAAUAAUUUAUUCAAUUAGUAUUUUUACAGAAAGGCAUAUGGGCUAUUUGUACUAUGUAUUUUGUUCGAUCUACCUUCUUACUUUUUUGGGUAAAUAUCUUUCGUACAUAUCCAUUAAAAAUAUUACUUUUUCCUAUGAUCAUAAUAAGGUCUUUAAUAUCUUAAAAGAUUGUUUUAUCACUAAUAAAAAUAACUAAAUAAGAAAAGCAAAAUAUUAAGUAAGUGUUUUUUGUCAGAGGGACGCAGUCCUGUGAUGCGCCCAUUCAGUAUUUCCACAUGACAUCUGAAAAAGACUAAAAAUAAACUAUAAACAUGUACGGACAUGUUAAAAAAGGAAAUAUUAUUGAUAAUGGAAAUUUACCUAAAUCACACUAUACGUCUAAUAUUAUUUCACUCCUUUUUAUCCAAACAAUUCCAUUAAGUUUCCACUAUCCCCCAUAAUUAAACUAUGAAAAGAAUCAGUGAUUAAAGUUAUAUAUAUACACACAUAUGAACUAUAUCUAUAUAUACUCUUAACCUAGGAACUUUACAAGAACUUCAUUCUAUUUCGUUAGUUGCUUUUCUUUUUCCUUUCUCUACCUUUAUUAAAAUUAUACACAAAUACUAUUUUGUACUAGAAACUUGGUACUUACCAUAUAUUUAAUCUACCAAAAAUGUCUCGAAUUAAGAGGUGUGUGUGCAUAUAUAUAUCCUUAGUUUAUUCCUCGAAUAGAUUGUUGACUCUUGGCUCAACCUUACUCUCUUUCUAUUUCUACCUUUCUCUUUCCCCUUAUUCGCCCUCUCCGUCUACGUUUCUCUUUUGGUCUUGGUAAGAUCUACAAAAAACAAAACCCUAGAAAAGAGAAGAACCAGAGGAGAAUCAAUUAGAGAAUAAAAUUGAUGGGAAGAGGAAAGAUUGUGAUCCAAAGGAUCGAUGAUUCUACGAGUAGACAAGUCACUUUCUCCAAACGAAGAAAGGGUCUUAUCAAGAAAGCCAAAGAGCUAGCUAUUCUCUGCGACGCGGAGGUCGGUCUCAUCAUCUUCUCUAGUACCGGAAAGCUCUAUGACUUUUCCAGCUCCAGCAUGAAUUCAGUUAUUGAUAGAUACAACAAGAGCAAGAUUGAACAACAACAACUAUUAAACCCCGCAUCGGAAGUAAAGUUUUGGCAGAGAGAAGCUGCAGUUCUAAGGCAAGAAUUGCAUGCUUUGCAAGAAACCCAUCGACAAAUUAUGGGGGAACAACUAAAUGGUUUGAGCGUCAACGAGCUAAACAAUCUUGAGAAUCAACUUGAGAUAAGUUUGCGUGGAGUUCGUAUGAAAAAGGAACAAAUGUUGACUCAUGAAAUCCAAGAACUAAGCCAAAAGAGGUACCUCAUACAUCAGGAAAAUGUUGAAUUGUCAAGAAAAGUACAAAGGAUUCAUCAAGAAAAUGUGGAGCUCUACAAGAAGGCUUAUACAACAAACACAAACGGGUUUACACACCGUGAACUAGUUGUCGCGGAUGAUGAAUCACACACUCAGAUUCGGCUGCAGCUAAGCCAACCGGAGCAUUCCGAUUAUGAGACCCCACCAAGAGGAAGCGAAUAACAGCAUGUGAUUGAAGUUCGAAGAUACCAUGAUGUUGAAGAACAAACCAAAGUUUUGGUUUGAAUAAUUGGAAACAAAGAAGAAACCUCAAGAAACCAAGCAUGUUUCUUCUCAUCAAUCAUAUAUAUAUUUUUCUCAUUCUCUUGUGCAUUUGAAUUAUAUAAUUGAAGCAUAUAUAAUACAGAAGAAAUACAAGUAAACCGGUGUUUGUUAUACUCAUCCUGAGUAUAUAUUAAUAUGUUGUCUU